UUUCUGUCAGUAGCUCAGGGAUAAAUAGAGAGGCAGAGCACAGAGUUUGUCAGAAGGCGGACCUGACAGGGUCACACACAGGACCAAGCAGGAGCAGCAGGACCUCAGCAUUUUGACACUUUAUUACAAAUGGAGAAACAUGAUGAUGUUCAAUACUGUUUUCAGGGCAGAAACUCUUCUUGCAGAAAGGCUUUGCUAUCGACAUCUAUCUACAUAACACUGUACGUCUUCUUCUCAUUGAUUUCGGCAGUUACAGUAUUUUUGAAUCUACUGGUGAUCAUCUCCAUCUCUCACUUCAAGCAGCUCCACACUCCAACCAACCUGCUCAUCCUCUCUCUGGCUGCGUCAGAUCUCCUGGUGGGACUGAUUGUGAUACCAGUAGCGACUUUAACAACAAUGGAAUCAUGCUGGGGUUUUGGAGAAUAUUUCUGUGUGUUUCAAUUCUUCAUUACUUUUUUAUGUACUUCUUUAUCUCUGGGCAAUUUGGUCUUGAUAUCUAUUGACCGCUAUGUUGCUGUGUGUGAUCCCUUAUUGUACCACUCUAAAAUAACAAUAACAGGAACUAUCUGUUGUAUAUCCAUUACCUGGUCUUGUUGUAUCAUAUACGAUGCUGUUGUUAUACAAAACUUUGUAAAUGUACAGACACCCAGUAGGUGUUUAACAGAAUGUGUUGUUGUUGAAGGAAUAACAUGGGUUAAUAUAAUUUCCGUUGUUUUUAUAAUGGUUGUCCCGUGCUCUAUUAUUAUAACACUUUAUUUGAACAUCUUUGUGGUGGCCAGAUCACAGGCCAGAAAGGUAUUUUCAAAAGAGACCAACAGUGAGUCUGGUGUUCAAACUGUACAAGCAAAUAAGUCUGAGAGAAAAGCAGCAAAAACUCUCGCUAUUGUUGUUUUCACCUAUCUCCUUUCUUGGAUUCCAUCUCUAUUUAUUUACUUUGUUUUUUCUGUUACAGGUGAUCAUUUAAUAUCAUAUUUCACUAGUUAUCUGGCAUUUGUUAAUUCCUUAAUUAAUCCAAUAAUUUAUGCUUUCUUUUAUCCAUGGUUCAAAGUGACAGCUAAACUUAUUUUAACUUUGAAGAUAACACGUUUAUAGUUCCUAUAAUAUGAUUU